AUGUUCUUGUUUUGCGCAUCCCGUUCCCCGCACAGCCCGUGGACUGGACGACUCCUCUCAAUAUCGCCGUGAAAAUGGGGACACCUGAGAACCUGUCUGGCGGUACAGGUGGGCGAAGGGAGCCCCUCAGAUUUGACCAGGAUGCGUCCGCGACGGCCGUGGACAUGGACACGGCAAUUGUGCUUCUUGGAGCCGGCGUGACAGCUAUCACACACCCGCUGCUGUACGUCAAACUGCUCAUUCAGAUUGGACAUGAGCCCCUCACCCCAACUGUCGGAACCACCAUGUUUGGGAGGAAAGUGUUGUACCUACCUGGAUUCUUUUCCUAUGCACAGCACAUCGUAAGGGUUGAUGGAAAGAUGGGACUCUUCCGAGGUCUAUCCCCUCGUAUAAUGUCCAGUGCCAUCUCCACCAUGGUCCGGAGUAAAGUCAAACAGGCCGUCCCAGCAGAGCAGGCGGAGCAUGUAUCGAACAGAGACGACUUGAAGACCUCCCUCAGGAAAGUGAUGAAAGAGACCUCACAUGAGAUGGUCAUCCAGUGCCUGUCCAGAAUAGCCACUCAUCCCUUCCAUGUGAUCUCAGUGCGAUGCAUGGCUCAGUUUGUGGGGAGAGAAGUCAAGUACAGGGGGCUGUUCAGCAGCAUCACCAAAAUCUUCAACGAUGAGGGCAUUGGGGGAUUCUUUGUGGGGGUUGUGCCCCAUGUCCUGGGUGAGGUCAUCUUUCUGUGGUGUUGUAACCUCCUGGCCCACUUCAUCAACACCUACGCCGUGGACGACAAUGUAAGCACGUUCAGCCAAGCCCCAGCAGUGAGAAGCUACACCAAGUUUGUGAUGGGGAUUGCAGUGAGUGUGUUGACGUACCCAUUUAUGCUGGUGGCAGACCUAAUGGCAGUUAACAACUGUGGGUUGGUGGCUGGUCUUCCACCUAACUCUCCCAUCUUUAAGUCCUGGGUCCACUGUUGGGCUCAUCUGAGCCACGAGGGCCAUCUCUUCCGAGGAUCCAGCUUCUUUUAUCGCCGCGUGCCUGUGACAGGGAUGGCUUUGACUGAGGAGUGAUAAAAUCAACCACCGCACAACCUGUGCCACUGUUCUCCUUCCUAACCGGUACCUCAGUGAGACCAAUGUACAACCACCCCCUCACCUUAAACCCCCCAGUGGAUAAAGCCGGAGCAGCAUGUUAUCAAUGGGCUAGGUGUUUUACUGAAGUAAAGUUACUUACAAAUUAAGAGUUUUUUGUUAAUCUUGUUUUUAAUCUAAAUAAUAAUGUAGCCACUCAAAAGUAAGAGGUUGGAGGAGUGAGACUUAAUGUGAACAAAUCAAAAUGAUAUCCAAUAUAUUUUGUCUUGGUUGAAUGCUGAGGGUAUAAUCUCCUUUUACUAUACCAGCAAAGUUGCACUAUUUUUUUAUUUAUUUGAAUCUAUGACUUAAUUUUGCCAUAUUUAUAGGCCACAGUUUAAUUAAGUUCUAUGUAGGCUUUAAAAUUGGAUAGUUGAUUUCCAUCUAUUGAAAAAAUGCCAAAUGUUUAUUUUUCAAAGGGUCUCACGAGUAGUAGCAUGAUAUAUGGUUGCAUUCGAAAGUGCUAAUUUGCCUCCUAUCAGAAGUGCUUUACCCAAUAAUUAUACAUAUUCACAAACACCAUAAGCCCACAAAAACUGGAGUGCUCUCUAGUGAUGCACCGAUAUGACUUUUUUGGCCGAUACCGAUAUCCAAUAUUUUCCUUGCCAAAUAAAACCGAUACCGAUAUUUUAAGAAAUUAGCGGCCUUUUAAGUACUCUAGUACAGGUAAAUAGUUAACACACACACAUGGACGCGGCGGUCUAAGGCACUGCAUCUCAGUGAAAGAGGCGUCACUAUCGUCCCUGUUUCGAAUCCAGGCUGUAUCACAUCCGGCCGUGAUUGGGAGUCCCACAAUUGGCCCAGUGUCGCCCGGGCUGUCAUUGUAAAUAAGAAUUUGUUCUUAACUGACUUGCCUAGUUAAAUAAAGGUUACACACACCACACUGACCAAAAAGUUAUUUUGUUGGCGUUUACAUGUCCCCAUUACCAGUCAAACAUAAUCAAAACCUAUUUCUUUCACUUACAGUUGAAGUCGUAAGUUUACAUAACCCUUAGCAAAAUACAUUUAAACUCAGUUUUUCACAAUUCCUGACAUUUAAUCCUAGUAAAUAUUCCCCGUCUUAGGUCAGUUAGGAUCACCACUUUAUUUUAAGAAUGUGAAAUGUCAGAGUAAUAGUAGAGAGAAUUAUUUAUUUCAGCUUUUAUUUCUUUCAUCACAUUCCCAGUGGGUCAGAAGUUUACAUACACUCAAUUACUAUUUGGUAGCAUUGCCUUUAAAUUGUUUAACUUGAGUCAAACGUUUCGGGUAGCCUUCCACAAGCUUCCCACAGUAAGUUGGGUGAAUUUUGGCCCAUUCCUCCUGACAGAGCUAGUGUAACUCAGUCAGGAUUGUAAGGCCUCCUUGCUCGCACAUGCUUUUUCAGUUCUGCCCACAAAUGUUCUAUAGGAUUGAGGUCAGUGCUUUGUGAUGGCCACUCCAAUAGCUUGACUUUGUUGUCCUUAAGCCAUUUUGCAUCAACUUCGGAAGUAUGCUUUGGAUCAUUGUCCAUUUGGAAGACCCAUUUACAACCAAGCUUUAAUUUCCUGACUCAUGUCUUGAUGUUGCUUCAAUAUAUCCACAUAAUUUUCCGUCCUCAUGAUUCCAUCUAUUUUGUGAAGUGCACCAGUCCUUCCUCUAGCAAACAUGACAACAACAUGAUGCUGCAACCCCCGUGCUUCACGGUUGGGAUGGUGUUCUUCAGCUUGCAAUCCUCCCCUUUCUUCCUCCAAACAUAACGAUGGCCAAACAGUUCUAUUUUUGUUUCAUCAGACCAGAGGACAUUUCUCCAAAAAGUACAACAUUUGUCCCCAUGUGCAGUUGCAAACUAUAGUCUGGCUUUUUUAUGGUGGUUUUUGAGCAGUGGCUUCUUCCUUGCUGAGCGGCCUUUCAGGUUAUGUCAAUAUAGGACUCGUUUUACUGUGGAUAUAGAUACUUGUGUACCUGUUUCCUCCAGCAUCUUCACAGGGUCCUUUGCUGUUGAUUUGCACUUUUUGCACCAAAAUACGUUCAUCUCUAGGAGACAGAAUGCGUCUCCUUCCUGAGCGGUAUGACGGCUGCGUGAUCCCGUGGUGUUUAUACUUGCGUACUAUUGUUUGUACAGAUGAAUAUGGUACCUUCAUGUGUUUUGAAAUUAUUCCCAAGGAUUAACCAGACUUGUGGAGUUCUUGGCUGAUUUCUUUUGAUUUUCCCAUGAUGUCAAGCAAAGAGGCACUGAGUUAGGUCUUAGGUAGGUCUUGAAAUACAUCCACAGGUACACCUCCAAUUGACUCAAAUGAUGUUAAUUAGAGCCUGUCAGAAACUUCUAAACCCAUGACAUAAUUUUCUGAAAUUUUCCAAGCUGUUUAAAGGCAUUCAACUUAGUGUAUGUAAACUUCUGACCCACUGGAAUUGUGAUACAGUGAGUUAUAAGUGAAAGAAUCUGUCUGUAAACAAUUGUUGGAAAAAUCAUGUGUGUCAUGCACAAAGUAGAUGUCCUAACAGAUUUUCCAAAGCUAUAGUUUGUUAAUUAACAAGAAAUUUGUGGAGUGGUUGAAAAACAAGUUUUAAUGACUCCAACUUAAGUGUAUGUAAACUUCAGACUUACAUUUACAUUUAAGUCAUUUAGCAGACGCUCUUAUCCAGCAACUGUACUUGCUGUGCUGUUUCGUUGUUCAGUCAUUUCAUUCUCAACCAGGAUUUCUAUGGAACGCCGUUUGGGUCUUUUCGUGUCAAAUAACACCAUUUUACCAAUCGGGACCUGAAUACGACUGCACGUCAAAUAAUAAUUUAACUCGUUCAUACAUUUUUUACGUAGUUUUGACACAUUGAUUGCACUAUCACUUGUAUUUCAUGUCACAAUGAUUCAUCGAUAUGCUAUGAUGCUGGUAAAGUUGUCUCGCGCACCUACAGUGCCAUAAAAAUUAAUAAAAACAAUCUAUCUAGCUGAUGGAUGCAAACAAUUUUCUUCCCCAAAACAUAGCAAAAUGACAAUCUGUUUCAGUAGCUAUAUAGUUAGCUAGCUAACUAUAUAGCUAGAUGUCAUCUAAAAUAAGCCUAAUUGAUAAGAUAGUUCUUGUUUGAUUAAUGGUGGUCGGAUCCAUCUAUGUGGGAUUAGCCACGAUAGUGGACUUUGCGCUUUAGCCUUUGAAAUAAAAGUAUGGCAUAAUUCUACUAUUUCUAUUCAUUUGCAUCACUGUCAAUGACAUACUUUUAUUUUGAAGUCAAACCGCAAAUUCCACUAUUGUGCUUAAUCCUUAUUGUGGCUAGCUUCACAACACAUAACCCGGUCCAGUUGAGCCUCACGAGCCAGAUGAAACUAGCUAGCUGCUUAUAAAGUUAGCUUUGGGUAACAGGGUUAAGUAGCUGGCUAGCUAUUUAUUUUCAUGAACCGAAGUUCAAUUUUAAUAGGCUAACAACAAGUAGCAAUCUAGCUAAUACUUACUCACAAGGAUCCCUAAAUAUUUGUUAAGAAUAAUGAAAAUGACUGCAGUUUCUACUGGUCAUUGUUUUCAGGCUGGUUGUAUUGGUGCAAGCUAGGUACCAAGCUAAAGCUAACCACUCCAGAAGUUGCGGUCAAACAAAUAAUGCUUUAUUACCAAGGCGGUAUUGUUAACACAUCGUUCGUGGCCGGUGUUUGCAGACUUUUUUGUACAGCUUUGACAGUGCUACUGUAUCUUUUUUGACACGCAAAGACCCAAACGGCGUUCCAUAGUAUGUAUGUCGUGAAGCUAAUAGCAGUGACGCUAUCAAUGUGUGACUUCGGUAGGGCAACAUCUGAAAAAUAGCACACCGGUGCUUGACCAGUCGGCGAAAGCCAUCAUCACCCACGACAGAGCGGUUGAUUGUCAAGGGCAAUGAAUUCCGUUAUCUUGGCUUUAAUGGAUUUCGCCUUUUGAGUUGUCUCGCUGAAAUGUUCUUACUCUUUCAAAUGACUGCUCAAUCCACACAGCAGACAUUGUGGGCUAGGUUAGGAAUGCUGUGUUGCACCUGUAGCACAUUUUGCGUGGCGUCAUUACGUCCUGUAUUACGUCCCAUACAUUAUAUAGGUAUGAACGGUAACUUUGACAUUAGUUUUUAACAUCGCCGUUAAACUACACAUCGGGGCGAUACCGAUGUUGGCAUUUUUAGCUAAUUUCGUCCGAUUCCGAUAUGUCCACCUAUAUAUUGUACAUCCCUGGUGCUCUCCUUUAAAACUAAUUUGACCACAGGUUCUUGCAACUUUGUACAAAUUGCAGCUCCAAUAAACUCUUGCCACGAGAGAAGUAAGAAACAACGGAGGAAUUCAGAGGGCAACCAGUAGUUUUCAGUGAUGUUCAAAAACAUGGCCUGCCAUCCACAAAAGGUUGUUUGUGGCCAUAUAUUAAGAACAUUUGUCAAUAUCACAAAUUUUGUGUUCUAAUUUGUGUGAAGUGAUGGGUAUGUUUGUGUUACCAGUGACAAAGAAAUGCUAAAUUACAGUGCCUUCAGAAGGUAUUCACACCCUUUUGACUUUUUCCACAUUUUGUUGUGUUACAGCCUCAAUUAAAAAUGUAUUCUGUCACUGACCUACCUACAUAUAAUACCCCAUAACGUCAAUGUGGAAUAAUUUGUUUUGAAAUGUUUACUCAUUAAUAAAAACUGAAAUGUCAUGAGUCAAUACGUAUUCAACCCCUUUGUUAUGGCAAGCCUAAAUAAGUUCAGGAGAAACAUUUGCUUAACAAGUCACAAGUUCCAUGGACACACAUACACAUACAGAAUUGUAAGGUACCUCAGUCGAGCAUUGAAUUUCAAACACAAAGACCAGGGAGGUUUUCCAAUGCCUCGCAAAGAAGGGCACCAAUUGGUAGAUGGGUAAAAAAAAAGUAUACAUUGUAUAUCCCUUUGAGCAUGGUGACAUUACUAAUUGCACUUUGGGUGCAUUGAUACACCAUCCAGUCACUACAAAGAUAGAGGCGUCCUUCCUAACUCAGGUGCCGGAGGAAGAAGUCCUCUCGGGGAUUUGACCAGAAGGCCAUUGGUGACUAAAAAAAGAGUUUAAUGGCUGUGAUAGGAAAAAAACUGUGAGAUAAUGUCUAGAUGUUUUUUUAUAGUGGAGAUGAAGUUUAUAAAUUGCUUGGCUGGUCUGAUGAGACAGUGGAUUGCACAGUCAGACCCGAAAAUAGUAAAUAGGCAUUUUAAUGUCAUAUUUAGCUAGUGUCUAUUCCACAAGAUACCACCAGCUAAAUCUAUGACGUUAAAAUGCCUAUUUACCAAUCAGCAUUAGACCCACCUGUUGUAUAAGGCCAAAUAUACACUGGAGCUGCUUACCAAGGCAUUGAUGGAUCAACAACAUUUUUAGUUACUCCACAAUACUAACCUAAUUGACAGAGUGAAAAGAAGAAAGCUUGUACAGCAUAUAAAUAUUCCAAAACAUUGUUUGCAACAAGGCACUAAAAUAAUAAUGCAAAAAUGUGGCAAAGCAAUUCACUUUUUGUCCUGAAUACAAGGUGUUAUGUGUGGGGAAAAUACAAGACAUUACGGAGUACCACUGGGAGAUUAAUUCACCUUUCAGCAGGUCAAUAACCUAUAACACAAGGUCAAAUCAACACUGGAGUUGCUUACCAAGAAGAAAGUGUAUGUUCCUAAGUGGCCGAGUUAGUUUCGACUUUAAUCUGCUUGAAAAUCUUUGGCAAGAGUUGAAAAUGGUUGUCUAGCAAUGAUCAACAAUCAAUUUGAGCUUGAAGAAUUUUGAAAAGAAUAAAUAGGUAAAUAUUGUAUAUUCCAGGUGUCCAAUAGCGCUUAGGCUCGCAGCUGUAAUCACUGCCAAAUGUGAUUCUAACAUGUAUUGAUUCAGGGGUGUGAAUACUUAUGUAAAUGAGAUCUUUUUGUAUUUCAUUUUCAAUACAUUUGAAAAAAAUGUCUAAAAACAUGUUUUCACUGUGUCAUUAUGGGGUAUUGUGUGUAGAUGGGUGAGAAAAAUAAAUAUUUAAUCCAUUUUGAAUUCAGGCUGUAACAACAAAAUGUUGAAUAAGUCAAUGAAUACUUUCUGAAGAAUGGUGAAAGUGGUUGUGCAUAUUAUGCCACUUUUUGCAUUCAGGUUAAGGGUGUGUGCCUGAACUCUGAACCGGCCACAUCUGUUGGAUGAGUCUCUGACUUCAGUUGAACAUCCCAGUUAACCUGCCAAUUUACAGUUGACCACUAGUAGCAUAUAAAUAUAAGGAAUCCCCUUACCACCUUUUACAUGAUCAUUAUCUGCCCCCGUGAUCAGUGUUGACCACAAAAUAAUCCUGACUGGGUUUGAUAUGGGCUGUUUUGUGUCCUUAUUCCUGUUCCAGUUUUAGUGAUGGAUUCCUCCAAUCAUGUCUACUCUGUGUGGACAUGGCAUGCAGAGGAGACACAUGCUUCUCCAAGUGUGUGUGUGGGUUUAUUAUUUUUCUAAGCAAACAUUUUUUGAUCAUGUAUUAAGAAUAUGGUGUCCGGUGCUGUAAUCUGUAUUUCUUCUCAUAAUGCCAUGAGUAUUCACUCUCGUGUGUUCUGAGUUCACAGUCAAACAUUCCCUGUAAACUGUGAUCUCUGAAAGAGGGAGAAGCAAUGACGAGGCAGUUGCAUUUCCAAUGUCUCUUAUUUUCAUGAAAAUGUCAUGAAACCUGGAAUGUUUGCCUAUCCUAUCUAUCUGUGUUUGAACCUAACCUGUGAUCUUGUUUUAUUUAUAAAAAGAAAUGACAUGAA